GAUCUCAACGAGGCCUACUCGCACAUUUGCCUGUUGAACUCGCAAUUUCUGGGGCAGCCGCACGUGGAUGCUCUGGUGGCGCUGCUGGGCCCGCACUCCCAUUGUCUGUAAACGACCCCCUGGCCCCCACCCCACCCACACCAGGAUCUCAACGAGGCCUACUCGCACAUUUGCCUGUUGAACUCGCAGUUCCUGGGGCAGCCGCACAUGGAUGCUGUGGUGGCGCUGCUGGGCGCGCACUCCCAUUGUCUGUAAACGACCCCCUGGCCCCCCCACCCCACCCACACCAGGAUCUCAACGAGGCCUACUCGCACAUUUGCCUGUUGAACUCGCAAUUUCUGGGGCAGCCGCACGUGGAUGCUCUGGAUCUCAACGAGGCCUACUCGCACAUUUGCCUGUUGAACUCGCAAUUUCUGGGGCAGCCGCACGUGGAUGCUCUGGAUCUCAACGAGGCCUACUCGCACAUUUGCCUGUUGAACUCGCAAUUUCUGGGGCAGCCCCACGUGGAUGCCGUGGUGGCGCUGCUGGGCGCGCACUCCCUGCCCAUGCUGCUGCAGUUCUGCCUCGAUUCCCUCUCGCACAAGGUCUCUCAUCAAUUGUCGCCUCUAGCUGCUGAGCUUCUGAGCCUCUUGCCUGCUGAGGACCUUCAAUCUCCCUUUGAAUCUGGUCUCCCAGCCUGUGUGGAGCGCAUAUCAGCCGCAGCAUCGGCACUGCAGCACAGAGCAGCAGCGGCAGUGGAGGGAGUUAUUGCUGCAUUGAGAGAUGUGGGGUCGCUGCUGGGGCUGCUCGUGAUGCUCGACGUAUCCAUUGCGCACGCCUCCACGCUGCAGUUCAUCCAAGCAGCGCCAUGGCUGGGCCUCUUGCCCUCCCCCAGCCACAACCGCCUGCUGCAGCUGCUCAGAAUCAACCCCUCCGACCUGCCUCCCCACGAGGCCUUCACCCCCAGGGGCCUCCGCCACCGCUCCCCCCGCCACCGCCCCUCCCACGAAUCACGGCGAGAAACAAGAGGCGGCGAAACAACAAGGGCGGAAUCAUCUGUGGCCCGUGCUGCUUCUGCUGCUGCUGCUGCUGCUGUUGAUGCUGAUGAUGAUUGUCGUCGUGGUGAUGUUGCGAUGGGUAGCGGUGCAGAUGGGCAGAGGAUGGAUCAGGGCAGAGAUGGUUUUUCAGCUGCCCGAGGGGGUGAAGGGGGGAUCGAGGACGGGCAGAUGGGUUUGCCGCCGGAAACUUCUCUCCCUCCUGCUGCUGCUACUGCUGCCGAUUGUCCUGAUGCUGCUGCCUCUGAACCUGAUGGUUCGCUGUUGGAGCUUCGCAAUCGGCCGCAUGGAUCCCGUCGUUCUGAUGUGUGCGAUAAAGCCUGGCACGGCGAUCCACCCCAGUCGGGCCCUCCUCCUCCUCCUGCCCCCCCAGCAGCCCCUCUCACGGACCUACUGCAGCGGGUGUGUGCGUCCGUGCCAGUGGUGCGGUCAUCCAUGCUUGGCAUGCUGCAGGCCGCACAGGUAGCAGAGGCCAUCUAUUGGGGAAGCGUGCAGGCAGACAGCCUCUUUGCCCACGCCCUCUCAAUCCUCUCCACCGCUCUCCAUCCCUUCCUACCUCUGCUCGCCCCACCGGUGGAGCCCUGGGCGGGCAAGAGGGGAAACCCAAGGGAGUUUCACCACCUGCACUCGCUGCUGCUCGCU